AGUGGCUUCUCAGUCCUCAACAAAACGUUCCCAUCAGCAAAGCUGAGGAUAUAAAUCCGUUAUUUCACGCCCGUUCAUCCUCCCAGCCUUCAUUAAAUUCCCAGAUUCCAAUCAUCUUUCAAUCUUCUCCAAAACCCCUUCACUCUCACUAUCCCUCUCCCUGUCUCUGUGGGUGUGGUUCCAAGAAUAAAUUUAUUCCGACGCCGUUCGUCCUCGGACCCUUCCCUAAAUUCCCAGGUUCCCAUCAUCAUUCAAUCUUCUCCAAAACCCCUCUACUCUCUCUCUCUCUCUCUCUCUCUCUCUCUAUGUUGCUUCAAGAAUAAACUUAUUCCGACGCCAUGGAUAGGGACACCGACUUCAUCCCUUCGUCCCCGACCAACUCCUCCGUCUCUUCCUCCGAUCUGGACACCGAGUCGACCGGUUCGUUCUUCCACGACCGAAGCACGACUCUGGGGACCCUGAUGGGCGUCUCCAUCCCGGAGAUCACCGUCCAGCCGGCGAGGGCCCUGUCGAUGCUGGAGAACGGCGGCGGCGGCGGCGGAGGAGGAGGAGGAGGAGGGGUAGAGGGGGGAGGGAGGAGGCCGAAGCAGAGUGGGGUGCCGGAAAGGCGGCGGCAGCGGCGGCACCGCGGGGGACGGAGGUGGUGGCGGCUGUGCCGGGACGACAUAGUGGGGUCCACCUCGCUGAGGGACUUCCUCCAGGUGGAGCGGCGGCUGGAUGGGGGCGGCGAGGUGGCGGACGGCCACUUCCUCUACGGCGGCGGUGGGGGAGUGGCGGAGCACGAGGCACUGGGAGGCGGGCCGCUUUUCGAGGACGGGAGGGUGCUGCCGCCGGCGGAGGGGCGGCGGCCGCAGCAGCGGAGGGCGGCGGAGGGGGCGGGGUCGCUGGGGAGGCUGCCGGUGCUGCUCACCGGGAUCUGCAGCGGGGGUGACGGGUAGACUUGUAAUUUUAAAUCCUUUCUCUCUUUCUUCCUCUCCCCGGCGUAUGUAAAGCUAAUUCCUGGAUUUUAUUCUAUACUUUUUGU